ACACAAAAUGUUAUGACGUAGCUCACAGCAGCAGGUUGAGAAAUUCCUGAAAUUCUCCGAAUUUUUACAAUUCUCUUUGAUUUACAUGUAAUUACCAGCGUCUUUCGGCACCCCAAUCACUUCAAAGUCCAUAAGGAAUCUUCCAGGCAUAAUAAUUGCAUUUGUUAAGUGUUGCCUGUGAAAAAUAAUCAAAUUUAUUUGUAAAGAAGCAAAACAAGGACUCCAAAUAAACUGAUGUUAAAAAUAUAAACAGUAGAAAACAGCCUUGGCUCCAUGAACAAGUUGCAGACGGCUAUACCAGAUUAUGAUAAUUUACUAAUUUUUCGCAAAUGAAAACAGCUUUAACCUGUUUGAAUAAUAUUUAUUUUUGAAAAACAUUUAAAGAUUGUUUGAAUAUUGAUUCGAUAAAAAUGCCGAUUGCUGUAACUGAUUUAGACAGGCUGAGAAGAUUUUUGUCCCACGGAUCUGACACAGGUGUUCUGAUAAUUGGAAAUGCAAAACCAACCAAAGAAGAUUUAUCAUCAAUUGAUCGGCUGAUUUCAGAGGGCAAAGGAGAAGAAAUUGUCCGAGAAGUAGUUAGAUAUGCCCUUGAAUGCAGAUUUGUUUUGAAGACCAAUAUAUUGUUUGCUUUAGCCUAUUGUUAUAAAGCAAAAGACAACAGUACAAAGACUGCAGCAAGUAAAGCUUUUCCAAACAUCUGUAAGCAUCCUAUAGAUUUGUUCUAUUUUUUGGAAUAUGCCAAAAAGAUGUCAGAUCAACAUAAAGGAUGGGGUAGAUCAUUGAGAAAUCUAGUCAGUAGCUGGUAUAAUGGUAUUGAACCUAAAGAAUUAGUUGAAUUUGUCACAAGAUAUAAGUCAUGUUGUAGAUGGUCCCAUGUUGAUGUUAUUAGACUAGGUCAUGUUCAUCCUUUAAAAGAUGAAACAGCAAUUAUCAUACGUUAUGUUAUGAAAGGUUUAACUGAAGCAACACAAUUGGCUGAAGGCAAAGAUUCCAAGCAGAUAAAAGAAAUAUUGAAAUAUUUGAAGGGUGUUGAUCAAGUUAAACAAUCUAUCAAUGAACAUGAGAUAGGUGUUCAAAUUCGUCAACUCAAUUUAAAACAGGAACAUAUACCAACAAAAUUACAGAAAUCAGUUGAGGUGUGGCAAGCCUUGAUACCAAACCUAACAAUAAAAGAAAUACUCAGUAACAUAGUUAAACUAGCAAGUCUUGGUAUUUUAAAAUCUGAUAAUUAUAUUUUACCUGAUAUACUUGAUAGACUAACUAAUGAACAGGUUAUUAAAGAUUCAGGAGUAUCACCUAUGAAGGUUCUGAUAGCAUUACGAAAUUAUGAACAAGGUAAAGGAAAGAUUAAAUGGCAGAGGAAUGAAUCUGUGGCUAAUGCAUUGAAUUUAACUUUUUCACAUGCUAUAAAGAACAAUAUCAGUGUCACCAAUAAAAGACUACUUAUAGCAGUUAAAAUUGGUCAUGGUUUACCCCAGCAUUCAGUGUAUGGUACCCCUGCAUUAUCUUCAAUGAUAGCUGCAGCAGGACUAGCUACUAUUUAUAUACAGUCAGAGGAUAGUUGUUCUCUAGUUUUUUUCUCUACAACUGUCAUACCAGUAGCCAUUAAAAGUCAGAUGAAAGUAGAAAAUAUCUGUGAAGGAUUAGCUAAAGCAGCUCUUCCAGAAAUUCCCGUAAUGGCUUGUGACGUAUCAGCACCUAUAAGAUGGGCUACAGAUAACAAGAAAUCUUAUGAUGCUAUUAUAAUACUUACUGAUAGUAAAGAUUCCACUGGUACAGUCACACCUCAUAGUGCUUUACUACAAUAUAGAAAAGAUCUGAAUUUACCUAAUACAAAGUUGAUAAUUUGUGGUAUGACAUCAAGAAAAAUGGAGUAUGCUGAUUCCAAUGAUUUGGGAAUGUUAGAUAUUGCUGGGUUUGAUUCCACAGUUCCUGAUAUUAUCUCUAACUUUGUACUUGAUGUGUAGGCAUAGCUAUCAGUGUAUAUGUUAAUUGAAUAAGGAAAGCUAAUCAGAUAGGCAAGUCAGUGUCCAGUUAAAAAGCACUUUGAUGACAAUGAUGAUGGAGAAAAGGACACAGAGAAAGUUACAUUUGCACUGGUCAAAGCUUAAAUAUAGCUUGUGUUGCAUCACCUUUCAAUUAACAAGUUUUUGUUUCUAUUGUUUUCCAAAUCUCCUUCUUUCAUCUUCAAAUCCCGCGUACUUGCUAAUUUAUUCAGUCAUAUACAUGUAUGGUUAGAUUCUCUUUUAUGGAGUAUAACUUCAAGAAAUCCUAUCCUACAAGAUAAGAACAGAAAAGACAACAAUAACACACAUUUCCAUGUUUUAGCUUUUAAUAUUUGUUGGUUUAUUAGUGAAUUUUUUGUUGUUAUGGAUAUAUUUUAAUCCCAAUAAUGUUUUAGUCAAACUAAAUGCUCAUUAAUUUGUUGUGUGUUUGCUUUUUAGCUUACAGAUUUACAUGUGUUUUAAUAGGUUUUGUUUUAAUGUGAUGCUUUUGGGAAACCUAACAGGUUAAAAACGAUUAAUAAGAUAUACAAUACACUUUACAAAUACGAGGAAAGGGUCAACUGAUUAAUUGAAAAUUAAUAAUAAUAUAAUGACAUAUUUACUAGCUAUAUUUUGAAUGAUAUUAUGUAAUAGGUGAUAUAUAUUUUUAUAUGAUUAUUAUAAAAUUCUGAUUCUAUAUGUUCGCCAUAGUUCAGAUUGGUCAGUCAAAUUUUGAAUUUUCCAUCAUAUAAGAAUUAAAUAAUGAACCCGUAUGAAUAUUAUCUAAGUAAAUUGAUGAGACUCCCUCUUUAUAUUUCAACCAAUCGAAAGAUUUACCGUAAAAUUGUGAUAUCUUUUCAUCUUUUUGUAUACCUGUUUAAUUUAUUUUGCAAUAAAACACCUUUUAUCAGCUACAUCU